AUGGACGAGAAUUGUGGACGUUUAAAGUAUAUUGAGCUAGAAAACUACAAGUCCUAUAAAGGAAAGCAGGUAAUUGGUCCUUUCAGCGUAUUCACUGCUAUUAUUGGGCCAAAUGGGUCGGGCAAGUCAAAUUUAAUGGAUGCUAUUAGCUUUGUUCUUGGAGAAAAUACUCGACAUUUACGUGUUCGUAGGCUUAAUGAUUUAAUCCACGGUUCGGUGGUUGGGAAACCCGUUGCAAAGUCAGCAUCAGUUACUGCAGUUUAUGAAAUGCCUGAUGGGGAAGAGAAGCGCUUUAGUCGUGUUAUUCACGGCAAUACAUCCGAGUACCGAAUAAAUGGGGUCUCUGUUCGUGUUGAUGAAUAUGCUGCUGCUCUGGAACAAAUACAUAUAUUUAUGAAGGUGAAGAACUUUCUGGUUUUCCAAGGUGCUGUGGAAAGUAUAGCUAUGAAAAAUGCACGUGAACGUUGUCAGAUGUUUGAGGAAAUUAGCAAAUCUGCUGAAUUAAAAGAAGAGUACGAUUUGUCGAAAAUGGAAAUGCAAAAGCUGGAGGAGAACGCAACUUUCAACUUGAACAAGAAAAAAGGCAUUGUUGCUGAACGAAAAGAAGCAAAGAUCGAAAUCGAUGAAGCUGAGAGGUACAAGAAACUGCAAAAUGAAUUGACGAAGAAACGACUGGAACUUCAUUUGUUCAAACUUUAUUACAAUGAUUGGAAAUUAGACAUGUACCGUCAGUUGAUUGAAGAAGAAAUGAAGGAGAAACGUCGUGAAUUAGGCAAAAUCAAUCGAGAUCAGUCAUCUUUAGAACAAGAAAUUAAGAAAUGUGAGCAAAAGAUUGGGAAGAGGAAACCUGAAUUUAUUAAAGUUUCGCAACUCUUGCGUCAUGUUAGCGAAAAGCACAAAGAGUCCAAAAAAUCCUUGGAGAAUGCUAGACAACUGCAUAGUACACAUCUACAAGAAAUCGAUCAGUUAGAGGCAGAAUAUGAGAAGAUAUCUGAUAUACAACGAGAUUAUGAGCAACAACAGUCUAAGAAAUCACUUGAACAAGGUCGAGACCUAGAACUAGAGGAAACUCAGUUGUCUGAAUAUCAUCGGUUAAAACAAAAGGUAGCUGAACGAACAUCACAUUUGUCUGCUGUGCUAGACAAUUUAAAUCGUGAGUAUAAUGAACAGAAAGAUUUAUAUGAUGCAUUGUACCGAAGAAAAAAUGAAAUUGAAAGUUCUUUGAAACGUAAAGAAACUGAAUUAAAUGAAAAUAAAAAACGCUUGCAAAAAUUAUUGGAGUAUAUUGACUCAAGUAAUCGUGCUAUAACCGAACAACGUGAAACAGAAAAAGCUAUUCGGGAAGAAGUUGAAUUGGCCACUAGACGUAUUGAUGAAAUUAAUGCUGAGUUAGAAACUGUUGUUUGUCAGCUUGGUGAAGCAAAAGUUGAACGACAUGAAUCAUCUCGUGCAGCCAAAAAACAAGAGCUUAUUGAAAAUUUAAAACGUCUUUUUCCUGGAGUUCAUGGCCGAUUACUGGAAAUGUGUCAACCAUCACAUCGCCGUUAUCAAGUGGCAAUUACGAAAGUCCUUGGUAAAUAUAUGGAUGCUAUAGUCUGUGAUAGUGAAAAAACAGCUAAAGAGUGUAUUCAGUAUAUGAAAGAUCAGCGUAUUGAACCGGAGACAUUUUUACCACUUGACUUUUUGGAUGUGAAGCCAAUUGAUGAGAAAUUACGUGAAAUCAGUGAUCCACCUAAUGUUCAUUUAGUAAUUGAUGUUAUCCAGUGCGAUCCAAUUAUAGUAAAGAAGGCGUUAACAUUUGCAUGUGGCAAUGCAUUAGUAUGUGAAACUGUCGAACAUGCUCGUUAUGUUGCUUAUCAUAUGGGUGAUAGAAAGAAGACUGUUUCGUUAGAAGGCACUCUCUUUCAACGUUCUGGUGUUAUAUCCGGUGGUGCAAGUGAUUUAAAAGCUCGCGCUCGCCGUUGGGAUGAGAAACAGAUAAGUACACUUAUGUCUAAACGCGAUGCUUUACAAAAUGAACUGAAAGAACAAUUAAAACGUAAACGUAAAGAAGCUGAAUUGCGAACUAUUCAGUCACAAAUCAAAGGUCUAGAUACUAGACUAAAGUAUACAUUAAAAGAUAAAGAUAGCACGGAAGAGAAACUUCUUAGUACAAACGAAGAGGAAAUGAAUCAAAUCGCUCGUGAAUUAGAAGAAGUUGAAGAAAGUUUAGGUCGUUGCCAGACAAAAAUGCAGGAAUUACAAAUAUCAGUUAAUGCCGAAAAAGCUAAAAUGGAUACUGUGGAGGAUACUGUGUUUCAUGAUUUCUGCGUACAGAUCGGUGUAGAAAACAUUAGACAAUAUGAGGAUCGAGAGUUGAGAGUUGCUCGUGAACGUGAUCGUAAACGGCUUGAGUUUACAAAUCAACUUCAAAGAAUAAAUAACCAACUGGAAUAUGAGCGAUCACGAGAUACUGAAGCAAAUGUUAAACGUUGGAAGAGACUGUUUCCGUUGAACGAACUGAAAUGGAUAAGUAAGGAUUUGAAUCAAGCCGAAGCGAAAUUAGAAUCUAGACGAGCUGAACGUCAUUCACUUUUACAAGCUGCUAAGAUGGAGGAUUUAGAUUUGCCAUUGAAACAAGGUUGUGAUCCAAUUCCUGAAUUGAAUAGUCAGUUGACAGAUAGUGAAAAUAUGGAUCCUAGUACAGAGGAAAUGGCUCAUAUUUAUGAAUUGGAAGCUCGUUUACCGGUUGAUUUCAAACACCUUGAUAAGCCUUUGCGACAAAUGACUGAUGAGAAAGAAGUCAAUAGAAAAGCUGAAGAAAUGCAAAAUCAAGUUGAUUCAAUGUUAAAUAGUUUGGCUCGUAUACAAGCUCCAAAUUUACGAGCAGGUGAUAAAUUAGGCAGUGUUGAAGAACGCCUACGAUCAACUGAAGCUGAAUUUGAAGAUACACGACGUAGAGCUAAACGAGCUAAAGCUAGAUUUGAACGUGUUCGUCGGUUACGAUAUAAUGCAUUUAUGAAUUGUUUCAAUUCCAUCGCUGAUAAUAUUGAUCCGAUUUAUAAAAGUUUAUCAAGAAAUCCUGGUGCUCAAGCUAGUUUAUUACCAACUAAUGCAGAAGAACCAUAUUUAGAAGAGAUACAAUUUCAAUGUGUUGCACCUGGUAAACGUUUUCAACAAAUGGAUAGUUUAUCCGGUGGUGAGAAAACAAUAGCUGCAUUAGCUCUACUUUUUGCAAUGCACCGAUAUAAUCCAUCACCAUUCUUUGUACUAGAUGAAAUUGACGCUGCAUUAGAUAAUACGAAUAUUGGUAAAGUUGCCAGUUUUAUACGUGAAUAUGCUUCAGCACGUGCACAAAUUAUUGUUAUUUCAUUGAAAGAAGAAUUCUACAGUCGUGCCGAUAGCUUAAUUGGUAUUUAUCCAGAUAUUGAAAAUAAUUGUCUUGUCAGUCGUGUUUUAAGCUUUGAUCUGUCGAAAUAUAUUGAUACCGGUGAACAGUUGUAUUCCAAUAUCGCACACUUUUUAUCUCAUGUUGAAUAUUGUUUAAUUUCAUGCCGAGACCAAUUGAAAGUAAAAUUUAUUCCUGAAGCAAGUGAACGGUUUGUUUUAGGAUCACCAAGUUCAUAUGGUCAUAUUAGUGCUGUUCUUUCAGUCUAUGGUGAUUUAGUAUAUGAAGCUGACUUGAAUGUUCAUCGUACAAACACAUCAACAUCAUAUCAUUCUAUUAUAAAAGACAAUCACGGAUCACCGUAUAAAUUACAACAGAUACAAGAUUGUUUAAAUUAUGUCACAAAAUCCCUUGAAAAAAUAAAAUCUGCAGAAAUUUCCACAAGUGUAAAUGAUCUAACUGAAAGUCAAUCGUUUUUAUUCGAAUUAUUCUCCUACAUUCGAGAUGCUAAAGAUUGUUUAACACAACCACCGCGUAAAACUAUUGAAGAGCAUCUGGCCAAUCCUAGUCGGAGAUGUUUUUAUCCACCUAUACCGAAAGAUAUUGUCUUAAGCAUAUUUAUACGUGGUUGUUCAUUAGUAUUUGCAGCGUAUAAUUUAGUUUACAAUAGUUUGGAUAAACGAUGGGAAGUUUUAAACCGAUCAAGUAUUGAAUGUGUGAUACCAAGACUCCAGGAAACUUUAUCGUAUUUAGAUGCAGCUAUGAACACCUUAAUGUAUCUAAUGAAUAAACGUAACAUUUUAUAA